AUGGCCGUCGCGCAUUGCGUCUCACAAGAUAUUGCACGACCCAGCCUGCGCGAUGGAAUGGGUUGGGGUCGUAAAUUCUGUGGGACGAUGAGUAUGCGUCGCGCGAUUCGUCUCACAUGGGAUUGCACGACGAGAUUUAAUGCGCGACGACUGCUUUUGCUCGUGCGCUUAACUUUCGCGUGA